AUGACUGUUUCGUCUCAAGAAAAUGUCAGCAUUGGGUAUAUGCCCGAUUAUGACCAGUACCUGGCCCGCGGCAAACGCAGGCAAGAAACCGAGAAACUCGAUCAGCACCUUCCCAAGGGGUUUCCACCCAGUCUAUCUGGGGACCUUGUCUGGGAUGGCAAGGACUUGGCGGACGCUUACAACUGGAAUUACUAUCUGACUAGCGAGGACGUCGACGAGAUCAACAGUGCUCUGCAGCACUUCAAGUCACUGAAUAAGCCAAUGGGCGAGCUCGCACCAACCACCUUUCCAUUGCCCAAGUUGCACACUACCCUCCGCGAAAUCUCUGACCAGGUUCACAAUGGCCACGGUUUCAAAGUUAUCCGUGGUCUUCCUGUGGAUUCGUACACCCGUGAAGAAAAUGUAAUUAUCUAUUCUGGUCUCUCUUCGCACGUUGCACCCAUUCGCGGCCGUCAAGACAGCAAAUGGCAAGGAAAACCAGCUGAUGUCCUUGUUGCCCAUGUUAAGGACCUGAGUCACUCUUGCAGCUCGAAGGACAUACCCGGACCAGUGGUAACUGCAGAGAAGCAGGUUUUCCACACCGACGCUGGUGACGUUAUUGCCCUCUUCUGCCUAAGCGAAGGUGAAUCGGGCGGAGAGAGCUGCAUUGCUAGUACCUGCCACGUCUAUAAUGUUUUAGCUGCUACGCGUCCUGAUCUGAUCAUGACUCUCUCCGAGCCUUGGCCUUUUGAUGACUUUGCCCCGACUGGUGAUCAGUACAAGCUGCGACCGCUACUGUACUACCAGCAGGCUAGUCAAUCCGACCCCGAGCGACUGAUCAUUCAGUACUCGCGAAGAAACCUGACUGGAUAUUGGGACUGUAAGCGGUCGGUCAACAUUCCACCGUUGACUGAAGCCCAGGCGGAGGCUUUAGAUGCUGUUCAUUUUACCGCCGAGAAACACGCUAUUUCGCUAGACUUCCACAAGGGUGACAUCCAGUUUGCCAACAACCUGAGCAUUCUGCAUGCAAGAGAAGCAUUUACAGACUCGAGAGAGAACCAACGACACCUUCUUCGACUUUGGCUGCGCGAUCCGGAGCAUGAGUGGACCAAGCCCAAAGAGUUGCAGGAGCGGUUUGAUCGGGUCUAUGCCGGUGUGACUGUGGAAAGCUCGGUUUUCCCGCUGGAGGCUACCAUUCGCAGUAACAAUGUGGCUACAUAG